AGCCGUGGUAGGAGGGGGGACGAGUACGGGGAGGACGGGGGAGGGAGGCAGACAGAAACUCGGGGAGCUCCUCGACACAACGGGGAGCGCUGGUUGUGGUUGUCGAAGGGAAGCUUGUCCAGCUCGGAGCAUCCCCCUCCGUCUCCCGGUCACGGUUUAAUGUGUCAGAGCGGCGUUUGAUUCCCGUCGCCACCUGGCCUUAUUUAUAACCGACGCAAAAAAUCGGAUGGGACGUACCGCCGAGCAGAGCAGAGACACUCCCGGAAAUAGCAUGCGUACUCUCAGCCUGUCACGUAGGCUCGCUGAGGAUUUGCAUUGCUGUAUGGCUGCCGUAGGUAGAUUUCCGACGCUGCCUGAAUAUGUUUAAAAGGCGCGCUGAAACAAACACAGAGCUGCAGAGUGACUGCUGAAAUCAGAGCGAACCAAGGAUUGGGGGACAUGGUCCUUGCAGUGCUCCUCUCCGAAAGAGGAAGCAGCGGCUCAGUUGGAAAAUGAAGGGAGGGCGUGAGGUACGUGUGCACCCAGCAGACGACGAGAUCAAAUGGAGAGUUUGGGGCUGAAGGAGCUCUUGAAGACAAACUCUCGCCUUGGACCAACAGUCUUUUCGGAGUCGCAGGAGAGAAGAAGCCAGCAGACAGAGAUCUACAGCUCAUACCAGGCAGACAUGGGUCUGAACGGUUUCUGCACAGGGCCCACCGGGACUCAGACGGCUGCUGAGCUGCUCGCCGACAUGGCCUCGCAGACAAACACCCCGGGCAUCACGAGCCCAACAAAGCAGUCCAAAAGCGGCGUUCCGCUCUACAACGGUGGGGUGGUGUCUCCGUCAGCCACCGUGGAGGCCAGCCAGGCUGAGGCUUUGGCCCACACGCCCCAUAGUUACCCGGCUCAAGUGAACGGGAUGGGCGCAAAGACGGGUGGCUCCGUCUGCACCUUUAACAGUAGAGGCCUCACGAUGGAGGAUGAGGUCAGAACAACUCAUGACAUAUGCUCUUUAGGAACGAGGAGAAUCAGCGAGGACCUGAAAGUCAGGCAGGCACAGCAGCAGAAGAGGAGGAAUGGAGAGAAUUGGGACGUCGGAUCAGAAAUCCUCGAUGGCCAUGUCACGGGGUCGCCAGGGUUAGGAUGCUCAGCAGACCCGGAUUGUGGAGCAGGGGAGUCAGAUUUAAAGCGGCAGAAGUUGGCUGAUGGAACUGUUGCUAACAAAUCAUCCGAACCGCGCAGAGUGGCCCGAGCAGUCGCCCCGCUUAGAGUCACCGUCAACAGCAGCAGCUCUCACAACCAUCCAAACUGCUCUCCUGAAAAUGCUAACUUGCGAAAUGGACAUUACACAGCAUCUCCAGAUCCUGCAGCUGUACCAAACUUGCCCUCCAUCCCUGGCCUGCUGCCUCCUGCAGGGACCGGCUGGUUAGCGGAGCGCAUCGCCAAGCAGUACAUCAUCCCCUGCAUGAAGUACUACGGUAUUUGUGUGAAGGAUAACUUCCUUGGUGUACAACUGGGAGACAGUGUCCUGAAGGAGGUGGAGGCUCUGAACCAGACUGGGAAGUUCCGGGGCGGACAGCUGGUGAGCCAGGCGGACAUUCCCUCCAGGAACAUCCGAGGCGACCAGAUCGCCUGGGUGAAGGGGCAGGAGCGAGAGUGCCAAAGCAUCGGGACGCUGAUGGCUCACAUUGAUGAGGCCAUCUUGUACAGCGCUGCCAAUGGACAGCUGGGGAACUGUGUCAUCAAUGGACGCACUAAGGCAAUGGUUGCUUGUUAUCCAGGGAAUGGGGCUGGAUACGUCCGCCAUGUUGAUAACCCGAACGGCGAUGGACGCUGCCUCACAUGCAUCUACUAUCUUAACAAGAACUGGGAUGUUAAGACACACGGAGGUUUGUUGCAGAUCUACCCCGAGGGCAAAAACGUGGUGGCCAAUAUCGAGCCUUUGUUUGACCGGCUGCUCAUCUUCUGGUCUGACCGCAGAAACCCACAUGAAGUCAAGCCAUCUUACGCCACUCGGUAUGCCAUCACAGUCUGGUACUUUGACGCCAAAGAGAGGUCGGAGGCUAAAGAGAAGUACAAACUGGCAACAGGACAGAAGGGCAUUCAAGUGCCUGUCACUCAAAAUAGCAGGUCAUAAAAAAAAAAUAAAAAACUCUCCCAAGUGUCCAGAGAGCACUCUCAAAGUAUUAUGUGCCUUCCUCUACCUCUAACGGACACUACGAUCGCAAAGGGAGGCGCAGUGAGACCUUCAGCAAGCGUCCAGCUGUUUGAUUCACACGGCGGCGAGCCGCAGGGUGAGGAUCGGGCUGCUGAUCAAACUCCUGGCAGAAACAACGGGAGCACAGCGGACUGACUCGGACGGCAAUGGUGGGUUCAGAAGAUAUGAGACUGGAUGAAAAAGACAAAAACAAACUUUGACAUCUCGAAGGGGCCCCCACUACAACACAAAAUGACUGACUCUGUUGUUUUUUCGCUGCAGUUCUGCUUCUUCAGUUAUCAGCGAUUUUGUGAUGUUUGAACAUAUCAAUGAAAGAGCAUUGAAAUCUAAGUCCUAAGUUCCUUUAUCUCGCUUGUAUGUGACGGCAGAGUGUGUGUGUGCGUGACAAGAAACAAGGGGCGAACAUUGUUUCUCAGACUCAACAUUUCAGAUGAGGACAGCAGUUUUAUUCUCGACAAGUGCAUCUCAAUCAGUUAAAAAUAAUUUGAUUCAGAACGUGAACCCCAUAUUGCAGAUUCCUUAAUGUAUUUAUUUCUGUCGGUUUUGAUUAUUACGGUCAUUAAAUCAUCCAUUGUUACUUCUCUCGGUGUGGAGAAUGGCCACGUUCUGCUGAAAAAAUGAAUGUGAAUCUUUUUUUUUUUUUUUCAGCAGAUG